UUAUGACCUUUUGUGGGCUGGCCCCAUGAUAUUUCUCUUCUUGAGCCUAUCCAUUUCAAGAUUUCUCUUGGCAUUUCUACAUUUCCCCAUCUGCCACUUUCCUUUCAAAACAUCAUGAAGCCAUCGAACGCCCACAGGUCUUCGGCGGACAUCACCGACCGUCAAACCCUAGCAGAGCCCCCCUCUCCGGCACCUACGUACUGCUCGACCUUCCAUUCUGAAAAGGACUACCCCACCACGCCAAAGCAGAUCUUCAAUUCUUUGAACAAUGAUUCAAAAUACCACCCCUCGCCAACUUCGACAUCGAAAUUUUCUACAUUUUCCACCAAAAAUGAAAAAGGCGCCUUCAUCCCCUGUGAAGAGCCCUUCGACACCAACCACCCUCACUACGCUCCUCCCUCCCCCCAACUUCCUCCCCGAACCCCAUCCAGGUCCCAGAAGGCCAAACGUCGUCUCCCAUCCCUCCGCCUCCUCCUCCCAUGGACUCUCGCCCUAAUUUUCUUCCUUACAACCCUCUGGUACACCUCCAUCCUAGUCGGCGUCCGAUUCCUAGACAUCCUGCACCCAGACUCGGCACACGACCAACCCAUCAACAUCGUUAUUAACGACCUCAACGGCGCACCUUCCGUAGUGAUUAGCACAGAGCCUACAUUCGUGUUAACUUCCUUGGCUCGAGUUCCGACGGCAACGUUGAAACCCGCGGCCAGUGGCAAUGAACAGGAUCCCAAUCUCGGCACUAAUACUGUGACGAGUAAGCCGGUUGUUGUGGUCACAACGGCGAGUGCGACAUUCGUUACUAUCACGAAGAGGGGGACUUAGUCUUUUCUAACACUAACAGUGCGAUUAAGAAGCUUUCUCAUGAUGUCGUGAUAGCCUAUUGUCUAUUUGGAGACGUAUUCCCAUUUACCUCUCUCAGGCGACUGUUUUCAGAAACAAGGAAGGGGAUGGGGGCUGCCGGACGGGUCAAUUGACAUUCGCUCCCUAAUGAAUACUUAUCAUAUUUUUUAGUAGCUAUCUUCUAUGUACAUUCUUUAGGAGUUCUAGGUUCUCACUCUCCUUUUAGUCUGCUUUUCAUCUAUGAUUCGCUAGGCUGGUAUGCACGCCAAGAAUUACUCCAGUAACACGAGCUCAAUGAAUUUUCCUCCAGAAAGACUUCGUCCUGCGAUUUGCCCGCGAAACGCGUAAA